CGCAGAAGCGCGCGGGGUGGUCGCGCGGGAGCCGGCGGGUGAACGGGGGACGACGACGACAAGGGGCGGUCCUUCCGGCCCCUCACUUCCGGCCCUGGCGCUGCGGCGGACGGUGUGGCAGCGCCGCUCGGCCCGCUCCGCUCCGCUCCCGCCCGCCCCGCCGCCGCCCGCCCCCCUUUCCCUCAUGCAACGCCGCGACGAUCCCUCCGCCCGCUUAGGCCGGGGACCGGGCCCCGGCGGUGCCCGGCAAGGGGCGCCUCCACCACGGCGGCCGCCCCGUGGCGGUGGGGGCCGCGGAGCCGCCGCCGCCGCCGCCACCGGGGCGCAACCUCCGCCGCUUCUGCCGCCCAGCGCCACGGCCGCCGCUUCGGCCGCUCAGGCCCCCGCCGCCGCCCCCACUCCGCUGCUGCCCGGGGCCGCUGUCAAGAUGGAGCCUGAGAACAAGUACCUGCCCGAGCUGAUGGCCGAGAAGGACAGCCUCGACCCGUCCUUCACGCACGCCAUGCAGCUCCUCACAGCAGAAAUUGAAAAAAUUCAGAAGGGUGAAACAACAAAGAAGGAUGAGGAAGAAAACUACCUGGAUUUAUUUUCCCACAAGAAUAUGAAACUGAAAGAACGAGUUCUGAUACCUGUCAAACAGUACCCCAAGUUCAACUUUGUUGGAAAGAUUUUGGGACCUCAAGGCAACACCAUCAAGAGACUUCAGGAAGAAACUGGUGCUAAGAUAUCUGUGCUUGGGAAGGGUUCAAUGCGAGAUAAAGCAAAGGAGGAAGAACUGCGUAAAGGGGGAGAUCCUAAAUAUGCUCAUCUAAAUAUGGAUUUGCAUGUCUUCAUUGAAGUUUUUGGACCCCCUUGUGAAGCGUAUGCUCUGAUGGCUCACGCCAUGGAAGAAGUCAAGAAGUUCCUCGUUCCGGAUAUGAUGGAUGAUAUCUGUCAGGAGCAAUUCUUGGAGCUCUCCUAUCUGAAUGGCGUACCAGAGCCAACUCGUGGCCGAGGAGUUCCUGUGCGGGGAAGGGGAGCAGCUCCGCCACCGCCUCCACCUGUUCCAAGGGGGCGUGGUGUUGGUCCUCCCCCUCCUCCUCCUCCUCCUCGGGGGGCCCUUGUGCGAGGAGCCCCGGUUCGGGGUGCCAUUGCUAGGGGAGCUGCUGUAGCCCGCGGAGUACCUCCUCCCCCAGCAGUACGGGGUGCUCCUGCACCCAGAGCGCGUGCAGCCGGAAUUCAAAGAAUACCGCUUCCUCCUCCUCCCGCACCAGAAACCUAUGAGGAAUAUGGCUAUGAUGAUGCAUAUGCAGACCAGAGCUAUGAGGGGUAUGAAGGCUACUACAGCCAGGGCCAAGGGGACACAGAAUACUAUGAUUAUGGACACGGGGAGGCACAGGAAACCUAUGAAGCUUAUGGGCAAGAUGACUGGAACGGAACCAGGCCCUCCCUGAAGGCCCCGCCGGCCAGGCCAGUGAAGGGGGCCUACAGAGAGCACCCAUACGGACGUUAUUAAAAAACAAACAUGAGGGAAAAAUAUCAGUUAUGAGCAAACAGUUGUUACUGAUUCUUGUAUCUCCCGGGAUUCCCGUUGCUUUACCCACACCAGACAAGUAAUUGUCUAACUGUUUUUCUUCGUGGCCCUUUUUCUCCCACUCCAUCCUCACCCUGCAUUCUGGCUUCUGUACGUAGUAUUUUAAAAUGAGUUAAAUAGAUUUAGAGGACCGACUUUAAUUUUUUUUUUUUAAGUGUGUAGAUGGCUUUUCUUUCUUUGUUGUUUAGAUAAACACAACUGUACCUUUUUUAAUAAAAAAAAAGUUGAGUUAAAAAUGUUAGUUUCAAAAGUGACAUGCUUUGCUUAGCAGUUAUGAAAUUAAGGUUUUGUUAACCUUUCAAGUUUGGUUUUAAGGAACCCAUAAAAGUUGUAGUUGCAGAAUCCCAAAGUAGGCUACAUUUCAAAAUUCAGGGCUGUUUUUAAGAAUUAAAAUCAUAAUGUAACGGUAGUAGCUGCCACCGUUUAAAAGUAACCUCAGAUGUCAAACGUUCCUUAAAAGCAGAUUGCUGGUGAAUCUUAAGUUUAAAUUUUAAUACAAAGGAUCCUCAAACGAAUUAAAUAGCAUUUUUUAAAGGUAAUUGACUUAAAAGAAAAAAAAUUAGGUUUGUAAAAUUGACUUUUCUUAUGUGGGUUUUGAAAUCUAGCCCCGAACAUGCGGUGUUGAGAGAUGCUUGGGAAGCAGAUUUUCCAGUGUAAAGGGGUUCUUAGUUUGGUUCUAUAUGAAGAACUUUUAAGGGAAAAAACAAAUUAAAGCAUGGCUCUAAUUGCCCAGUGUUUGAUAUUAGAAAACAGAGUAUUAUUACGUGAGUAGGUCUGAACUCUGUAAAAUUACAGUCUUCUCAUUUUUAUAGUGCUUGGGGCAGAUAAUGCAGUGCAAGUUUAAAACUGACAAAAUUGUCAAUAUUAGCAAUCCCAUUGACUUGUUCAAGUGUAUCUCAACACUAGCUUUGCAUAAAAAGGGACACUGCAGCUGAAAAAAUGAGGAAAAAUUUCACUUUGUACAUAGGAUAAAGUCCUAAUUGGAUUUGUACACUGUCCUCCCACUCUGUUCUUGAAGAUUAAAUGCUACAUGUGUAAGUCUGCCUAAAUAGGUAGCUAAAACUUGUCAAAAUGUCUGCCGCAGUUUGUCAAUAAAGUUUAGUCCUUUUUUAAUCAAAGUAAAUGUGAUGAAUUGUCAUUUUUUUGUUGAGCAAUAAAAUAGCUAUUUUUUUUCAAAUAAAUUUAAAUUAAUGCUAAAGCUAAUUGUCUUUUUAAAACAUGGAGACAUUCUAAAAAUGGUGGUUUUUGUAAUUCUCACAAAAAGUUUAUCAAGCUCAUUGAACGAGCUUAAUUUUUUUAAAAAAAAGAAAGAAAAAUUGUUUUUCACCCCCUGGAAGUUGCUGAAAGCAGUUUGAUCCUGGACUAUGGCAGAAAUCUGACUUCAGUCUGCUGGAAAGUGUUUACGGUUCUUUGCUGAAUUACUGAUUCAGAUUUCAGGUGGCCUCGCAGAGUAUUCCAGGCUGCAGGCUCCAGAUUGAGUCUGAAAUGGCUGGUUUAAACGUAGCGUGACAAAAUGAAUGCUGAAAAAUCCAAGGCUUAGCUGCCACCAGGAGGAGAAGGAAGCUUGCUUUCUGCUUUAUGUAAACACCCCUAACCCCCUCGGCUAAGAUGAUGCCCUUCUUAUUUUACGGUAGCCUUUACUUGGAAAGCCACUUAAAAAUGUAUCUUUGUUUGAGGAGGGUGCUGCAGUUGCUCCUCAUAUCCUUCUGAGAGGGUGUGUAUGCAUAGAUAUAUAAUAUAAUAGUUUAAAGUAAACUGCUGCUUAGACAGACAUGAAAAAUGGUUUGUAUUUCCCAUCUGCAAAAUGAAUCUGGCAUUCUAGGGGGAGAGAAUUAAACUGCUCGGGGGUGAAAAAUAGAGCAUUAGGAACCAAACUGCUUGUAGCAGUGCAUGAUUGAGGGGAAUACUUUAAAACAAAAAGUUGUAUUUGUAGAUUGUUAUUAAAGUGUAAAUAACUGAAUUUUCAACAAUGGUUUGGAGUCAGCUUUCAGGGCAUAAUGUCUUGCUUGAUGAAAAGAUCACCCUAUACCCCCCUUUUAAAGGAAAAUUAUCGCAGGAGAAUCAGGAUGUGUAAAGCUAACAUGCAUCGCAAAACCCAAAAGGAGUCAAGAGUACAUCGCUGUGAAUCACUUGGGUGAAGAUGAGCAGGGGCAACAAGAAGUGGGUAAGUUUGUUUAUUUUUGCAACCCAUUGCAAGUUACUAACAUGUUUUGUGUGGGAGGUGGGGGGCGGCACCAUCUGAGCUGCUAAAUUGAAGCCAUUCUUUAUAUACCCACAAAUAAAUUACUCUUGUGAAAGGCCAGUUACAUGACUGACACUCUUGCAGAGGUCAUGGUGUGGAGGAGGCUUCGGUACGUACCUGCAUAGAGCUCUCCCACCGAGAUCCCAUGGAGAAGGAGGUUUAAGUGGAUUUGAGGAGAGAGGGAAACGUAAGGAGGUCUGUGGGAGCUGAUUCCCGGCUGAGAUGCUGGCCUUCGUGGGAGUGCUCUCGGCAGCAGGGUAGCGUUGAAGUUGUUGUUACCGCAUGCUCUAGAAAGAGAGCAGCUCGAGGAACGGCUCAAUAAGAAUUCCUAUAGGAGUCCGUGAUGCAUCAAAAUUAUAGACUGCAGAUUUUAGACCAGAUGCUGCCCAGCUAGGCCUUGCUAGUUCUUCCCCUUCCACCCCCAUCGAUGGGCUCUGAAAUGUGAUCUGCCUGCUGGCUGUUCUUUUUUUUUAUGGCUUUUUGUCUGAUGUCAUUGCUGGAGACGGCUCGGGCAGCGGUCCUGCCCGCCCGGCUGGGACGCGUUUAGCUCGGAGCCCCGCAGGGCUGCACGCCUGGCGUCAGCGAGCGAACACCCUGAGCCCUCGGGAGGGGUGAUGGACCCCCAGCACCUUUGGGUGCUGGUGGGGGUCAGCACCCACAGUGGCGGGGCUCCCUCUGGCGGCUGCUCUGGCCCCACUGACGUGCUCGUUCUCCAAUAAAUACCUUCAUAAAUGCACGCCGGUGCUUGCCAAACCGAGUGGUACCUUGGUUGGGGAGAUAAUCACGCAUCAGUGGAGUGACCUGCUUACACAGCAAGGACACAUCUCCCCCCAGGCCCAAAGGCAGCAGCCGUAAGCGUUUCCUUUGGGGACAGCUAAUCGCUUUCUCUCAAAUCUCGAGAUCACUGAGAGUCUGAGCUCCAUAAAUAAAAGAACAAAGAAAUAAACCCUUGCAAUGCUGAAGAAGUCUAAUGGCUUCAAAAGACAACUGUGAAAAGCCCUGGGCAUAGGACAUCGAAGGACAUAAUUCUCAUUUUAUAUGGAAUUGUAAAGCUACCAAACGAGCUUCUCUUAUCUUAGCAGUAUUGGGAACAAGAAAGCGGUGAUAUGUGGAAAUGCUGCAACAGAGUGAGAUUGCCCUCAGUUCUUUGACUUUCACUUGAAAAUUGGAUCCAUAGUUUUCUGCGAGGGAAAUCAUAACAUGUCUGGAUUUGUGGCCUGUUUAUCGAAUGCAUCUUCAUUUACAAUGUAAUUGGAACAUCAAUUUAUAUGGUGUUGUACCAAUCUUUCCCAUUUCUUUCUUAAUAGGCACAGCUUUUAUAUCAAGUGGAAAAGACUUGAUAGAGAUCAUCUAUUAUGAUGCAGUUUUUUACCAGUAGAAGUGGAUCUUGUGACACUGCCUUUGGAGUAAUACAGCUUGCUUGUGCAUUGCAUUUGUUGCAUGUUUAUGUGAAAGAUUUUAAUGUUAUGGAGGAAUGUAAAUCUUAAUAUAUUGAAAUAACUGUAUAUGCUAAAAGUAUUUUGAAAACAUGCCCUGCGUCAAACAUCUUCCUCCCUCUCAUAGCAUUACUACAUUCAGAUUUUAGCCUAGAGUCUGCAAAAGCUAAUUUGAGAUCCCAAAAUAGCCAUCAGCAUCGGAUGUGUCUCUCAAAGAUGCUCUAAUUAGCCAGACGUUCCGGGGGUGAUACAGGACUUGCUGAAAUUUGUGAGGGGUAGAGAUUCCUUUGACUACUGAAGUCUGAGUCACCUAAAUAACCUUCCCUUUUAUACCGGCAUGUAGCCACUGGAGGUGGUAUUCUGCUGGCUGUGAGCUAACAACCGCCAGUGAUCUUUCAUCCCCCGAUUUCCCCAAAGGACUAAUCCACAUCUUAUUAUUAGUAGGAUUUUGGUAAAGGCCAUAACCAAGAUAAAGGCCCCCAUUGUGCUUGGUACUGUACAGUGUGAUGUGCAGCAGCAGUCAUGUCUCCUCUGUGGAAGUGUUUCCCAACAAUACUGUUCUUUUCAAGAGAAGCUUGGCUCUAGAAACAUCGUCCUGCUGCAGAGCGCUCUGUGUCCCAGCAGUCCCAUCUUCUCUGCCCCUUGCUCUGAGUGGCCACAGCUUCUUCAGCCUCUAGUCCAGCCCUUUGGUAUAAAUACUCCGGCUGGCCUUGCUUGGAGCUGGUACAAACCUGGACUUUACACUUCCCCGGUGAGGUCUCACCAUGCAUAGCAGUUCAUAGCCGGUAUCUUGGACAGCAACAGGAGUGUGAAACUGAGCUUGCAGGAAAAACACUCCAACUGGUAUUGCAGAGAUAUCCCCAGCAGCUUUUCCUGGAAAGAGACUGUCAUACCCUGCCUGUUCCUUAACCCUGGUUUCAAGUUGCUGUUUGGAUUAUUAAGUAAAGCAAGUGGCUACAGGCUUUGUUUUAUAACUUAGCUGUGGUAUUUUUAUGUUUAACUUAAAACACUGUGCUUUCGGUAAGGCGAAGACAUUACCUUGAUAGGGCCCUCUGUAAAACUCCCUAUUUGGUAAGUUGGGUUUAAGAGCACAGCUGGAUUCCCUGUUCGGCUGUUAAAGCAGAUGAUUCUUUUUGUACAGAAUGAGUUUUUAAAUUUGUAUGAGAGCAUCUGUCACAAACAGAGCCAAGAAAAACAAUUUAAAUGUGCACGUCUUCCCUUCCUCAACCCAUGCCGCUGCUCUCCUAAAGAACACUUGGGCAGAGGGUGAUUCCUGCAGCCUGUGAUAGACCCUCCAAAUGGCCCCAGAGGAGGAGAGACCAGCUGUGACCCGUCUGCUGGGAGAUGCAGAGGAGAACAGGCGGUGUUGCAAACACAGCUCUUCUCUCAGCUGUGAGGAACAAGUACAUAUGGUGCUUUUGGGGAGGAAGACAGGGCUUAGGGAAAUUCUUCUUUAAUUGAUAAACCUAUAACAUCUUGGAUGAGAUGUUGGACACAUGCCCCAUUUGUAAGCUUUGAGGGGGAGGAAUUUCUGCAGGCUAGUCAGGGCCCGUGGGAACUCCCAUCUCGAAUGUAGAUGUUACUCCUCUUUUUCUACUCAGGAAGCUCAGUUCCUUUGAGCACAGAACAGAAACCUUUGCUGUUAUUGCUCAGUUGAGCCUUCCAUUGCUACCAUAUGUUUUAAUAGAAAUGUUUGUUUCCAUGCUCAUUUUGCUCCUUUUGCAAAGUGGGAUGAAUCUCCGACGAGCUGAUUUCAGAUCUGAUAAAGGAGCACCGUUAAGAUGCCGUUCGCUUUACUGUGGCUGGGAAAUAGGAACCUGCCAGCUCUUGGUGAGUGUUGGAGAACACCGGAGCCUCCCUCGGCUGCCGCAACCCCUGGAGAGCAGCAACUGUGUGUUGGAGUACUGAAAUAUAAAGUGUUUUCCGAUGAAGCUGUUACUUUUACCGCUGGCUUUAGAACCAAAUACGACCAAAGGCUUGUACACGCUGUUACAGAUGCAAACCUGUUUUUAACCUGACAUUGGUGCCUCCUACCUGUUACCUUUAUAGUUGUUCCUGGAAGACUUUGUUAAAACUGCAGGUGUCUGGAUACUCCUGGUUUUUGAUGGCUCUGCGCAACGUAGGUUUCAAAACCAGUAAGAAAUGAAAGAUCAGCCCUGUGAAGGUUCAUUAAUUUUAGAGCUGGCUUUGCCUCCAGCCCAGGCAGGGGUGGUUCUCUGGAUUGUAUAAUGCUCCAUCUGUACUGAAGCAUCAAACCACCCACAAGUUAGGGAAAUCAAUGAGAAAUCCUGCAAGUGGUUGGUAAAGAUGGUGAAAACUGAUCAAGGUGAAUCACAGCAUUAAAAUAACUUGUAUAGGAAACUGGCAAGCUCUUCUGUGCCUGGUAUUUAGCGAGAAGUGUUCAACAGAUGUUGAAAGUGAUUAGUCAUUCCCAAUAAUAAAGGCCUAACGUUGAAA